GCAGUCGUUUGUUUCAUUGCUCUCUCCUGUCGCUGUCGCACUCUAACGGAGUUACCCACGAGUGCAACAGAGAUGGAAAGAAAAAUACGACUCUUCACCGCCACCUCGCGGGCCUCAAAGACUCAUUAUUCCGCAAUGAUCAUAAUAGGAUGGACGUAAUGAUCGUACAGUGCAGGCCCCCGCAAAGACAACAACACCGCCUCGAUCCGGCCACAGCAAAGAUCGCCAGAAUGGACCGAUUUUCACGUUGAUUCAGAUGCUCUCCGGCGGGCCAGGCUGAAUGUUUCAACUUCAGAUCUUCAGAUCCUCAGAUGUCUCUCCGCGGAAGUAACGAGGCGCCGAAGCCGCAGCCUCGCGUUCCCACAAUUGAGCGGAGUGAACGCGCGACCCUGACAUGACACGAGGACGCCUGCGAAGUGCUGGGUACGCGGUGUCCGCGGGCAGCCAGGCGGGCGACAACUACCUGGGCGUCCUCUUCCGCGUGGUGGUGACGGAGGACGGCGACGAAGACAAGCCCGGUCUGCGCCUCAUCCUCAAAGGCAUGCCCCUCAGCGCCAAGCGGCGCGAGCAGAUGCAAGUGGGAUCCUUCUUUGACAACGAGUUCCACGCCUACCGCACCGUGCUGCCCGCCCUCGCGCGCUUCCUCGCCGACAAGGCCGUGGACGACGUCAAGGAGCCUGGACUCUUCCCCAACACGGCCAGGUGCCACGAAGCGAGCUCGGGCGGCGAGGAGGGCCAGGACACCCUGGUGCUGGAGGACAUGCGGCCGCUGGGCUUCACGAUGCACGACCGGCGCGUCGGCCUGGACGAGCACCACGUGCGCGCCGUCUUCAAGUCGCUGUCCUUCCUGCACGCCGCCAGCAUGGCCAUGGAGGCGCAGCGCCCAAAGGACUUCGCCAAGAUCCGGAACGUCGUCGGCGAGGUCCUGUUCGACUCGAACAACGCCAUGCUGGCACAGCUCGAGGUGGUGGUCAAACGGACGUACGGUUUCGUCGCGGAUCGCUUUCCCGAGGGCAGCGCCGGCUACAAGAAGCUGCAGGGCCUCAUCGAUGGGUACGGCACAGCGACUGCCGCCCUAGUGGCCCCCAGCAACACCACCCCCAACGCCAUCACGCACGGCGACUCCUGGACCAACAACCUGCUCUUCAAGUACGCCCAGGCCGGCGACAAGGACAGGGCAGAGGAGGUGUGCCUGGUGGACUUUCAGCUGUGCCGCUACGCGCCGCCCGUGCUGGACCUCGUGUACGCCGUGUACUGCUGCACGACGCGCGAGUGGCGGGACGCGCACCUGGACAAGAUGCUGAGGGAGUACCACGACAUGCUGAGCGGCACGCUGCGACGCCUGGACUGCGACCCGGACCAGCUGUACCCCUGGACUACCAUGCAGGCCCAGCUUAAAGAACGCGGGCGAUUUGGUCUGUGCAUGGCUGUCUUGACCGUACCACUGUUCUUGGCCGACUCGGAGGAGCUGCCCGAUCUGGACGCACAGUUCGAGAGCGGCCAGGAUAUGGGGGAAAUGCUCGCCGUGGAGUCCAAGAGCGCUCCCGAGAGGAACAAGCGUCUCAGUGAUACCUUGGAGGAAAUGAUCCAGCGAGGGUGGAUGUGAAUAAGUGAAAAUAGACAGGGUAAUUCAGUAUUAACACAGGGCUAUGAUCUAAAUUUUUAAGCAAUUUUAUUUUAUAUGGAAACAAAAGGUUAAAAAAUGAACACGGGCCACGUUGAAUUAGUUUGAUUUACAUCAGCAAUUUGAUUGAGUAAAAUAGAAAUAAUACAUUCAUAGAGUGGUAGUUAACAUUAUUCUGAUGUUGAUACAUGAGAAUGCAUUGCAUUAAUUAAUAACAUUUAUUGUAUAUAAAUAAACAGUUGAAAUUGGUUAAAGCCUAUGCCUUUCUUUGUUGGACCAUUUCCCGAAGAUUAUUUUCAGCCUCCUUUAAGUUACGUUCAAGAAACACUUUGUUAUUCUGAAAUAUAAUAGGAAAUACAAAAGAAAUAAGCAACAA